AUGGAGAUGAGUGUAGAAAGUGCGUAUCGGAGGUCAAUUCAGACACUGGUGGAUUGGGUAGUUCGUGAAGUAGAUAUGAACAAGACUCGGGUCUUCUUCCGAAGCUAUGCUCCUGUACACUUCAGCGCUGGGGACUGGAAGACUGGUGGUAGGUGUCACCUGGAGACAAUGCCGGACCUGGGUUCAUUACCAGUUUCGUCUGAAACAUUUGGUCAACUAAAAGCUGUUUCUGACGUGGUAUCAGAACAUUUACAGAAGUCAAAUGUAACGCAAAUGGAUGUAUUAAAUGUGACCAGUUUGACAGCACUGAGGAAAGAUGGCCACUUGUCUAUAUAUUAUUUUGGGCCAAACAACGGAAUUGCUCCUCUCCACCGACAAGACUGCAGUCACUGGUGCCUGCCUGGUGUUCCUGAUACAUGGAAUGAGCUUCUGUAUGCACUCUUCCUAAAAGGGGAGUACAAUCGCAUACAAAAUUCAAAUUCAACGCAAUCUGCUCCUGCUCCAGUGUGA